AAAAAUACGAAUCAGGUGGUCGCUUUCCGGUGGAAUUUUGAUGUAAUUGAACCAGCAAAAGAGUUAAAAUAGAGAAACAAAACAAAAAAAUGAACCAUGAAAAAGGAUGAAAAUUGGAACACAUGAAAAGUUUGUGAGUGAAAAAGAAGACGUUUAUUGCCUUACAAAAAAGUGAAAAAAUGUGGAGGUUUUCAAUAUUCCUUUUUGUGGUUUUUUCAAUUAAUUUUUGUUUUUCACAAAAAGAACCGGUUGGACAAAAUUUAAUACUUUUUUUAGUUGAUGGUCUUGGAGCUAAUUUGUUUAAUAAUACUGAUUCUAGAAUGAAAUUUGGGGCUAAAACGCUUAUUGAGAAUGGUGUAGAAGCAGAUUAUCUUAUUCCUGUUUUUCCAACUCAAUCAUAUCCAAAUUGGUUUAGUUUGGCAACUGGUCUCUAUGUAGAAAAUCACAAUUUCACUGCCGACUUUAUGUUUGAUCCAAAUAAUACUUUGUUUUUUGAACGAGAUCUGGGGGCUGAUGAUUUAAAUGAAAAAUGGUGGCGGGCAAAUCCAGCCCCUUUUUGGUAUUCGGUUGGUAAAGCUGGAAUUGAUGUUCAUUGUUAUUGGUUUGCUACUUGCCAUAUGCCUUAUGUCGAUUUAGUUGUACAAGUUCCCUCGUCAAGACGUCAUAGUUUUAAAAAUGAUGAAGAACAUGAUUUAUAUUCAUAUAUUCCAAACAUAAUGAAAUAUAUUCAAAAAUAUCAAGUUUAUAGAAAACAGUUAGUACUUCUUCGAUAUGAUGGAUUAGGGAAGGCUUUGAGGACGCAUGGUGAGGACUCUGAACAAACGGUUCAAGAACUUUCCAAUUUUGACCAACAAGUACGGAAAAUCCAGGAGGAAAUGGAGACUUGGGAUUUACUUAGAUCCACAAAUUUAAUUGUUUUAUCCGAUCAUGGAUUAAUAAAAAGUGAAGAACAAAAUCAAUAUUAUAUUGAAGAAUGUAUUGCUGACAGUACAAAAAUUAAACAAAUAGCUAAUUCACUUGCUUUUGCAUUAAUUUGGCCGGAAGAGGAGGAAGAGGAUACAAUUUUCUUUGAAUUAAAAUUUUGUGAUCAAUGGGCUAAUCUUGCAUCAGUUGAUUAUGAAGGGGAAACAAAAGAAGUAGAACCUUCUGUGGGAGUUUAUAGACAACAUGAAAUUCCAGAACGUUUCCAUUGGAAGAAUUCUCGAUUUAUUGCACCAAUUGUACUUAUUGCACAACCUGGAUAUCAACUUUUAACAAGGCAAAUUCCUUCUACUUCAGUUAGCGAAAAAUUUGGAAGAGAAUGGAAGAUGUUGGAUGGAUGGGAUAAUGAAAACCCAGACCUACAAGGCAUUUUUAUGGCCAGAGGACCUGGUAGGUUUUUUAAAGUUUUUUUUUUUUUAAUUUUAAAUCGCUAGAAAAUAGAGGUCCCGUUUUUGUUUAUAAAUUGGUUGAAGUUUCUGAA